CGGAGCCGGGCGGCGGCGGCGGCGGGCGCCUCCGGCCAUGUCCCGGAUCCUGUGCGACUGGCUCAACCGGGACGUGAAGCUCUCCCGGUGCAUCGCUCCAGGAUCAUUUCCAGAAGAAUUUUCUACUGGCUACCUCCUAGGAGAACUUCUACACAAAUAUGGUCUUCAGGAUGACUUUAAACAAUUUUCAAAGAACAGAAGUGCAGAUGCAAAAAUUAACAAUUUUUCCCGCCUGGAACCCACCCUUCACCUGCUUGGUGUGCAGUUCAAUGAGAAUAUGGCCCAAGACAUCAUGACAAAACAGCAUGGGGCUGCAAAAAAUCUUUUAUAUGAACUGUAUAUUGCUUUAGAAAAAAAGAGGAAGGCAAAGCUCACUGGAGUAGCUGUGGAAACAAUGAGACCUGCAGCAACUGCAAAGCUUGAGUCUACUGAAAGUGGAAAUCAAGAGCAUUACAUUGGAAGGACACAAAAUGGAGUAAUGGCCAGGAUUCCAACAACUGUUGCACAGGAUAAAAAGCAACCAUCAAGACCCACCAUAAAAUCUUUUGAAGCCAAAAGCUUCUUAAAGAAGAAAAGGGAAGCAGAGAAUGUAUACAAGGAGAUAGAAGAGUUUGAGAAGUCUUUGACAGGAAAUGUCUCUGCAGUACACAGCCAUGUGACUGACAGUGAUAUGCAAGAAUUAUUGCAAACACAGAUGUUUCAAGAAACAAGUCUAGAAGCUAUAUCAGAGACAAAAGCUGAGCUGUUAAAUAUUUAUUCGGAUGAUGAAUAUAUAAGGAAAAUUAAAAAACGUAUAGAGGAAGAUACAUUUGCUAGAGAGCAACGAGCAAAGAGAAGACAAAGAAUGCUAAUGGAUCAGUUAACAGCACACGAGGCUCAAGAGAAGGCUUACCAGGAGGAGCAGCUCAUUUACAGACUAAUGAAACAAUCUCAGCAUGAGCGUAGGAUUGCUACUCAACUCAUGCAUGUUCGGCAUGAAAAAGAGGUGCUAAGGCAAAACAGAAUUUUCAGGGAAAAGCAAUAUGAAGAAAGACGACAGAAGGACUUCCAGGAAGCUCUUGACAGAGAAGCGGCUCUCGCAAAACAAGAAACUAUUGAUAAUGAAGAACAAAUAACCAGAGAAAGAGAGCACCAUAAGAAAAUUGCUGCUGAGAGAGCUCAGACACGCUAUAAAAAACAUUAUUCUAUGUGCUGGGAAAUGAUAGGCCAAAUCAUUGAUUUGUCAACAAAAGUUGGAGAAUAUCGUCAGCUGACAAACAACCGUGUUCCACUAAAACUGCUGCUGGAUUGGAAGGAACUUUUUUUAAAUGGAAAACCAAUAUAUGAACAAGCCUCAAUUCAACCUUUACCAGAUGCACCCAGCCCAGAACAACUUGUAGAGCUGAAUAAAUUGAGUCUAUUAGAUGCAAAAGAUUAUCAUGAAUACAAGAGUAUGACAGGGGAAUGGAGCCCAACUGAAGAGAACAGUGAAAACAAACCUCCUCUUAAUAAUAACAUAUUGGGUCAUGUGCUUCGUAGACUGAUGGAGAUGUUCUAUCCUCCAAAACCCAAAUCUUCACCUGAAUUUCCUUCAUUUCCUGUCAAGGGAUGUAUUUUGGGAAAAAUUUUUAGUGGAAAAACUACCUGUGCAAAGUUUAUUGAAAAAGUUUGCAAUAUUCAGGUACUGUCUGUUGGUACUCUGGUUCAGGAGGCCAUUGAAGCUUUUCUUAAAAAUGAAAUGAAAAGUGAACACAGCAUGAUUUCACAGGAAGCAGAAAGUCCUGGAGAACAAGAUGAGGCCCAGGAGAACUUACCAAAUUCACCACCAAAUCUUCCAGAGGUGCUCCUAACAGAAACCACUACAGAACCUAUGUUAGACAAUUGUCCUAUUGAAAAGGGUCCAUCCGAGGAAGAAUUUGAAUUGGAUAACAGUCAGGAUGGCCUAUCCAAGCUAUCUGUACGUGCCCAGCUUGGUGCUGCAUCACAGGAAUGUCUGAAGAAUGGAAAAGGUGUUCCCGAUGAAUUACUGAUUGACAUCCUGUUGGAAGCCAUUACCCAAAUACCGCCAGAGAAGGGGUGGAUUGUGGACGGGUUUCCAGUGACAAUUAAUCAGGCAAAGCUGUUUCAAAAAUCCUAUACAGGGAUUGAUGUAGAAGCAAAAGAUCCAAUUUCUGAAAAGCUGUCCCUUGCUAUAGAUCCCAGAGCCCCUGACAAGCCUCCUCCUACCUCACCUGCAUUUGAUGUUUCUAUAUUAUUGGAUAUUUCAGACAGUCUGGUACUGAAACGUGCAGCUGAUGUGAAGAUCGACCAAAGAAAGGCAUCUCAGGCUGAACAGAGCAGCAAUCAAAAUUCAGAUGCUGAAAUCAUAGAAGAGAAGAUUGACUUGGCCAGGGAGCAGGUGCUACAUAGAAUUUCAGGCUUCCUAAAGACAUGGCCAAAAUUAGAGAAAUGGUUUUCAGUCCAUCAGAACACUCUAGUGAAAGUAAAUGCAGAGACAGAAGAAAGUCUUGUGUGCGAAACAGUGAAGGAUAUUUUAAUAGAAGAAAUUGUGAAAAAUCAGAAUAGAAGGUCUGCUGAAGAAAAAGUACCAGAAGAAGAAAAGGUUUUACCAGUUACAGAUGAAGAGGAGGUUUUAGCAGUCACAGAUGAAGAAGAAAAGGUUUUAUCAGCUGCAGAUGAGCCCACUCCCUCUCUUGAGACACCACUGCCAAUUGAACCAGGAUCAGAUGAAUGGAUUUAUGUAGAUGAACCACUUCCCCAGGAGAUAAUUGAUUUUUUAGUACCUUACUGGGAAAUGGUAGAAAAUACAUAUAUGAAUACAAUCAAAACUGUACUGAGAUGUCUAAGGGAUGAACAGUACUCUAUAAUUCAUUACACAGCAGAUAUUAGAAAAAAUUUUCAAGAUUAUUUAAAACGUCCACAUCACAUGCAGGAGUUUGUAUCUCAGUGGCAAACAGAUUUUAAUUCAAUUGCUGAUGACCUACAAGAUGAUGAAGAAACAAAAGCUGAACUACACCAAAGGGUUACUGACCUAAGAGAUCUUCUCUGGGAUAUCUGUGACAGCAGAAGGGAAGAAGCAGAGCAGGAACGUACUGGUAUCAUGAAUGAAGAAUGGUUACCAGAUCGGAGGGGGAUUGCAAUGAACCAUUUCUUUACACUUAUGCAGGUUGAACUGGAUCGUUUCCAAGAUACAAAGAGACUUCUUCAUGACUAUUAUAGGGCAAUGGAAGGAAAAAACCCAACAGAAGACACUCAAGAUUUUACUAGAAUCCCAUUGUUAGAUAUUAUUAAUGGAGAGCAGAAGGAAGAUCAAGAUGAAUCAAAGAGGAUUCCUCUGGUUCCUUGGAGAGUGCCUUCAGCAGGUAAUACCGAGUCGGAAAACAGAAGUCGGCAGCAGAAACUUAAGGAUAAGAGUUCUGAAAAUGAAGUGACUGCUUGCAGGAAGGAUGAAAAUCUUAUUAUUGAUACAUGGCAAACAGCAGUAACAGCAGUAUCAGAUAUGGUAACAGCUGAAAUAGAGUUUAGAGAAAUGGAGGAGGAAAAAGAACUUCAGCUAAACCAGAAAUCUUCGAAAGCUGCACAGAAGCAAUCAGGCAAAGCGACUGGGAAAGAUUCGAAAAGUGCUAAAAAGGCACCUACCAAAUCACCUGGUAAAAAAAAAGGAGCAAAAGCCACUCCAGCUCCUACAGAUCCAGAAGAAAUAAGGAAACAAGAACUGGCACUUAAAAUAAAACAAGAAUAUUUCAGUGCCUUGAAACAUGAGGAGGCAGCCACAAAAUCUCGGCUAGAACUUAUAAAAGAAAAAGCUUUUGCAUUUCUUGAGGAUCUAAAGUUUAAAGCAGAAGAGGCUUAUAAAGAUAUGGAAAUGUGGCUUGGAUCCACCUUCUUGGAGGAAAAAUCCAGUGUUGAAAAACUGGUAGAGGUUGCACGACAUCAUAUUGAGAGUUCUAGCAAAAUCCAAUAUGAAAUGACUUUAGAAGGAACAGAUUUCUUCAUCAAUAAUGAUGUAAAAAUGGUUCCUGACCCUGUUCCUGACCCUGUUCCUCCACCAGAAUUUCAACGCAUAGAAACCCCUAGCAGUAGUACUCUAACCAUUUCACAACUUACUACGCUUCAUAAACAGUUUCUACAGCUGGCACCUAAAGCCAUAAGAGCACUGAAGCAAUUUAAAAGCAAGACUAAUUCUUCUAGCAACAGAGAAGUUGGUGACAGAGGGAAAGAGAAGAAAAACUUGGAUUAUCAGAAAACAAAGAGGAAUCAACAGUUUCCAAAAAUAUGGCUAACUAAAUACUCCUGGUUAAAAUAUGAUGAUGAAAAGGGAAUAAUGUUUUGUGUACCAUGUCGUAAACAUAAUGUGGAUUUGGGGGAAAAUAUUCAUAAUUUUUGUUCUGGCACUGAUGACUUCAAACUUGAAUUUAUAAACACACACCAGAGUAGUGAAGCUCAUGCUUGGGCUACCUGCAUGGAAGCUGCCAGUUCUGCUUCACCAGAUACAACUUCUGCUGAACAGAUGUUGAAGAGCAUGAACUCCUUAACAUUGGGUAGAGUAGAAAAUAUUUUUAGAAGAUACCAUGCUAUUGCUAAAUCUGGCUCUCCCUAUACAGACCCUGACGGAAUGUGUAAACCAGAUAAACUUUAACAGGACCUUUCUCAGACAUGUCCUUCUGAAGACUUCCCUACAGAGGCAGAACAGAUCCUCUUCCCAUUUCUGAUUAAUAAUUGCAUGAAUUAGUCUUCUCAUAACAAGUACUCUCACGACAAGAUGUGACUAAUAUGCUUCACAGCUUGAACUACUUUUUAUUUCCCUGUAAGAAUAUUUGUAAGGGUUGCAAAUAAGAAUAAUGUAUCUUAAUUUUUAUCUAAGAGCUGAGAAUGAGUAUAGUUUAGAGAAUAUGUGUUUUCAUAAUUCUACAUGUUUUGAAUGCAUCUUUCUACUUGAUAAUUUCAAAAGGUAAAGCAUAGCAGCAGAAUAUAUUUCUACCAUCAAGGAAAUAGCAAUGAUUUAUAUCAACAGAUAGCUAAAAUUAAAUCAUUAAAGACCCUUCUUGGUUCCUCCAACAGCAUAUGAAGUUGUACUACAGGUAAUUUGGGAGAAAUGAAUAUAAGGUCAUUCACCUUUGAAUCAACCCUCUGCUAAAUCUAGAUAACUCUGUACUUUUAAUAUAAAAUAUAUGUAGUAGUAGCAGAAGAUACCCAAUACUCCACAUCCUACUGUACUACUCAGCUCUGCUCUGCUCUGUGCUGUGCUGUACCACACACACAUAUGUAUGUAUAUACACAUGCAGUCUCUUUUUGGUGUUCUGCAUAGAUGUUCAUGCUACUUCUGGGUAUAACAAUGUGUCAGAAAUGGAAUGCCUCAUUAAAGCAUGUUAGUCUACUCCAGGAGAGUUAAUCUGUAGGGGUCAGAAAUAGAGAUCAGUUCUGUGAUUUGUAAAAAAUAUCUAAACUAGUGAAUUCACAGACAAAAAAAAAUUUAGAUAUACUUUGCCUAAUAAACAAGAGAAUAUAUAUUUCAUGGAUUGCCUUAUUAGAUAUGUGGCUUGCUAUAUAUUAGAAUUGUGAAUUCUAAAGGUUUUUUUUAAAUCACGCAAUACCAAGAGGGUUCUUUUCCCUCAAAGUUUUCAAAUGGAGACUUUUCUCUCUAUGUUGAGAAUAGGGAAGGUUUGAAAAUGCAUCCCAAGGUUGUCCAACAGGUGAAAACAAAGUAAAAAAGGAAAACCAAAAAAUGGUACUUCUAUAUGUACUGUAACACUGAAGUAAUUUCCAUGAUGCAGGACAGGUGCAUGUUUUCUCAAUCUUCUUUUCAUUCAUGAAGCUAGCACGAUUCCUUCAACCUCAUGUCUCAGGAGGUAUAUUCUAAGCCUGUGAUGAUUCUUGCUGCUUUCUUUUGGGCAGUCUUUAGUUUACAUCCAUCCUUCUUGAUCUAGAGUUUCUGAAAUUGUAUUAUAGCAAAAGCCUUAACAUCUGGAGAAAAAAAAAAAAAGAAAUUUCCAAUGACUUCUCAUGUAUCUUCUUGUAGUAUGGUGAUCUGCUAUAAUCCUUAGAGACUUUUCUGUAGAAAUUUUAUUUUGGCAGUAAGAUUCCCUUUGGGACAUUCAUUCAGUCCAUUAUGUCAGCCUAGUGGGGCACUUGACAUUUAUCUUUAUUGGACAGUGCCCUUUUAUUCUAGACUUUAAAUUUUAAAGUUCACUUUGAAUUCUAAUUCUAAUUCUGAUCCUGUUGCUUAAAUGUGCUCCAAGUCUGUUCCUGAAUUGUUUUAUCUGCAAUGUAAUAAAUGUAUCAAUUUGUGCAGUCCAUUUCCAAAGAAUACUUUGGUUUGUUUCUUGUGAAACUUACUGACCCAUCUCUCCAGUUUUUCAAGAUUCUUUUUACAAGAUGCCUACUACUCCUUCUAAUUAAAAAUGUUUAAUAUGCUAUUGAGUCUCCUGCAUUAUUCAACUAAAACUUACUAGGUUUGGUUUCUUUUAUUUUGUACUUAUAAAAGGAUUUUAUAAAGAGCAUACCUGUUUUGAAAUGAGUCUUUCUCAGAGAAAAAAGCCAAUUCUAGGAAUUGUUUUCCUUUUUCCUUCCUAGAGGACAUUAUUUUCUUUCACCCCUUGCAGACACCAGUAUUAUUUUCUGGGUACCAUCUGUGUAGCUGCCCUCUCUUAGCAUCUCCCUGUGAUUAUGAAGCGCUGACAGCCCUUGAGCUGCAAUGAUGAGUCACCCCUUGUUUGGUAUUAUAAUCAGAUACUCAAAAACACUUCUGUGCUCUGAGAUACAUACCAAAAUCCACUAAGUCUAGACAAAAUAUCUAAAAACACAGUAUUUCACAGUAUUUCAUCCCUCCUGUUUCUGAUGGAUUUCCUCUGUUUCUCUGAGACUCCCUCCUUCCUCCUGCAUAUGUCAGUAGGAGGAAUUAAGUCACAGCCCAUUUGAAGACUUUGAUUUUACUGCAACUUUGGAAAUGUCCCUCAUCAGAUGUUUCAGGAGUAGUAAAGUAAAAGAAAUUGCCCUACAACACAUCACCAAUUCUAUAGUUUUAAAAAUUAUAUAGUUUAUGUAAAUUGUGUUUCAGAUUGCAAUCCUUUAAUCCCCUCUCAGACAUUAGUUUUGAUGCAAGUUCUUAAAAAUUGCUUGUCCCUUAGAUACUUUCAGUGUAUGUUUCUGAAGUCAUGCUUCACAAAAAGUGAUACAAGGGUAUUAGUAUCCUUUUAGAAUUCAGUGAAGAAAAUAAAAAUUAAAUUUCAUUUCAGAAAGUCAGAAACUCUUAAGACAUACAGGAACUACAUCUGUUAUUGUCAUGUAGGGAAAUCGUAGUAGGAGUUGAACAGUUUAAAACAUAAGAUGGUGUGACAGCUAAGUUAGAUUGCUAGUGAUCAAAUGGAAAGAGAAAUGUUUAGCAAAAUCAAAAUGAAAAUUAUUAGCUGGCUCUUUAUGGCAAAGCACUAGAAAAUCUGAGACUGCGAAGACGAUGUAAAAAUUUUCCAUUGUUUUUUGUUGUUCACUGACUCCCUCAUGGACCAUCUCUAGUUUACCCUAUGAACCACUACAAUAUUAUCUGGUUUAUUGACUCAUCAAUGAAGUGUCACAGUGAUAAUAUCCUGUGAUGCAGGCUUCAUUGUGCUACAUGGAAAUUAUCUGAUUCUUGAGGCUUGAAGUUUUCAUGAAAAAACAAAUUUCAGUUUACCUUGAAAUUAUUAUUUUAGCAAUCCAAGGUGCUCUGGGAAACAGCACAUAAUUUAUCACCAGUUUUAGAAGAUGUUCUUUCUCAGUGUCGGUAUGACGUCAGAACACUGAUACCAGUCUGACAGUAUGUCUUCCCCCAGCUUUUACCUUCAUGCUGAAAUCUGUGGGAGGAUACGAAGGCUUCAAGUCCAAGUGUUUCUCCUUCCUUCUUCCUGCCCCAACAGACUGAACUUCCCAAAUCUGUUUUUGUCCUCUUCUCUCCAAGCUUAUAUAUGUGUAGGAUUUCCCUGCUGUAUUAAGAUGUGCAGAGAGUAUUAAUCCUGGUUUUCCUGAUUGGAGAUAAACAGGUGUACAGGGAGGCAGACUAUUAAUACAAAUUGGCAACUCAAUUUUGAAUGAUGACACAAUUAAAUUAAUAUUCAAACACAUUCUUUAUAUCCCUAUAACAUUUAUUUUUCACAAACCUAAAUUUCACUUCACUGUUUCCCUUCAAACAAAGUCUCUUAGCUAUAGAAUGUAUACAGCUAUGCCUUUUCAAACGGACAAGGAGUUUGACUGGAAAAAGGAAAAAAGUAAGUCUUUCCAGUAUUUCACUGAUUGUGUUUGCUUUUAAUGGUAAUCUGAAGCUCCUGUUUUGAUGCUGUAGAAUUCAUCACAACCUGAUCAAAUCAACUUUAUCUCUCAAAAUUUAAAUAACCUGAAACUUAUUUUACUUUUUUUGUUGUUACUGCAGAUGUUUUGCAGUGAACUCUCACUGACCCAGCAAAGUCCAUUUCUGAAAGAAAAGACUCGUAUCUGUCUGUUAAAAAAAUUUAUACAUAAUUUUGUGUUUUAAUACCUUACAAGAAGUUUGACAUUUCUGUUUGCUCGUAAACAAAUCUAUUCCUGCUUAAAAAACAAAUUGGGUUUGCUGCACUUUACUGAUUUUUUUCAUAGGAUUUCUUUAAAAUAAAAUUAAUGGAGCUAUAUUUAACUCCCACAUGUGAGUUCUGAGAAGCUUUUCAAACAGUGGAAUUUUGUUUCAGACUUCAUCAGACAGCAGUGCAUGUUUUUCACCCCAUUCUCUAGCAUACACCCACUUUAAAGAGUGAAGAUAGAUUUAUUAUUGGUUAAAAUAGAGCAGAAUAGAAGAAAAUAUUGGUAGGUAUUCAAUACACAGAACUCUGUGAGAUUGGUGUCUGUGAAUGUUCAUUAACUGCCAGCGUAGCCCUGAGGAUGGAUUAGUGAUCUUAAUGCGGAUCAGGACAAGUAGCAGAAGAAUUACAAUGCAGCGAAAUAUUAUAAAUUUUGCUAUUGGAUAGGUGGCAUAUUAUUAAUUUUAAAUGAGGAGAUUUUAUGUUUGGUUCAGAAAAUAUUAGCAUUAUCAAUAGUGCAUAAUAGGAAAGUAAAUAACUUUCUCAUACGGUCAUUAAAAUUUGGAAAUAUUUUUUUAUUUUUAACAGAAGAAGUCUAUUUAAAAGGCUAAACAUAUUUCUA